AACUAGAACGUGUUUCGUCAUAUUAUUAAUUGUACAAUAUAAACAUCCUUAAAGACAUACCACAAACAUAAAUACAAAUUAUCCUUAGUAGUUUGAGAAUGGCGAAUACAGCACAUCUUUUUAGACGCCAGAGUAGUAGAGAUUUAAAUGGAAGUCAUCGUGAUUACACAAAAACUCUUGAUGAACUCGAAUUAAAGCGUUUGAAAGAAAAACUGGUCAGAGCAGAAAGUCUAGGUGGCCGAGGGCCGCUUUAUGGUGCAACAAAUCAAGCAUUUAGUUCAGACGAUGUUCUUACAACACGUCAUUAUAAGCAACCUUCGUUGUUGGAGAUUUUUGAGGAGCCUCAGGUGACCUUACCUGCUGCAGAUGAGCAGCCUCAAGACAGUGACAUUAUCGCUGAUGAUGCGCCAGGCGAUGAAAGAGAAAGCUGGGACAGUAAAAUUACUUUCCUUUUGGCUACAAUCGGAUACGCUGUGGGGCUUGGAAAUGUUUGGAGAUUUCCGUACUUAGCCCAAAAGAAUGGCGGGGGGGCUUUCCUUGUCCCUUACUUCAUAAUGUUGUUCAUUCAAGGCCUGCCCAUCUUCUUCCUUGAACUAGCAAUUGGUCAACGAUUAAGAAAAGGAGCUAUUGGUGUGUGGAAUGAAGUGUCUCCGUAUCUUGGUGGAAUUGGAAUUUCUUCAGCAAUCGUUAGUUUCAUCGUAGCUCUUUAUUACAAUACAAUCAUCGCUUGGUGUCUUAUAUACUUUCUGCAUAGUUUCGAAAAUCCUUUACCAUGGCAUGAAUGUCCAAAAAGAUUCAUAACAAGUAACAUGACGUAUUACUUUGAGAAAGAAUGUGUUGUAACAAAUGAGGAUAGAAAUUUUAAUAAAUUCAUCUCCAAGGAUUCAUCACCAACCCAAUAUUAUUGGUAUCGAUCGACACUUAUGGUAUCACCAAAUGUGGAUGAACCAGAAUCAUUUAAUUAUCCAAUUGGAUUAUCUCUUGUCAUUGCGUGGACUUUAAUUUAUUUGUGUAUGGUUCAAGGAAUCACUGAGAGUGGAAAAGUCGUUUACGUCACUGCAAUUUUUCCUUAUGUUGUGCUGAUUAUUUUCUUUUUUCGUGGAAUUACAUUGGAUGGUGCAACGGAUGGUAUCGCUCAUUUAUUUACUCCAAGAUGGGAUUUAUUAAAAGAUCCGAAUGUUUGGCUUGAAGCUGGCACUCAAAUCUUCUUCUCAUUGGGAUUAGCAUUCGGUGGACUUAUUGCGUUCAGUUCUUAUAAUCCGGCCAACAACAACUGUUACCGUGAUGCAUUACUUGUGUCGUUCACAAACUGUGGCACUUCAAUGUUUGCUGGCACUGUGGUUUUCUCCAUCAUCGGUUUCAAAGCAACACAAAGUUAUAAUAGUUGUCUCGAAAGAAACGACAAAAGAAUGAGACUUCAAUUACCUGAUAAGCCUGAGAAUUGCAGCUUGGAAGCUGAAUUGUCAGGAAGUGUUUCAGGCACUGGUUUAGCGUUCAUUAUCUUUACAGAAGCAAUCAAUCAAUUUCCAGGUGCUCAAAUCUGGGCUGUUUUAUUUUUCCUUAUGUUGUUUACAUUGGGAAUUGAUUCUCAAUUUGGAACACUCGAAGGCGUCAUAACAUCACUAGUGGAUAUGAAAUUGUUUCCUAAUUUACCGAAAGACAAAAUCACCAUGAUUUUAUGCGCAUCUUGUUGCAUUCUUUCACUCGUCUUUGCAAAUGGAGCUGGAAGUUACAUUUUUCAAUUGAUGGAUAGUUUCGCUGGGAACUACACGCUUCUCAUUAUUGCAUUUUUUGAGUGUAUUGCUGUGAGUUACGUUUACGGCUUAAGAAGAUUUUCUGAUGACAUCGAAUUGAUGACUGGAAGUCGACCACACAUUUAUUGGAUGUUAUGCUGGAAGUACAUCAGCCCAAUCGCAAUGUUGACAAUUCUUUUCGCUUCGUUUAUGAAUUUAAUAGUUGAAGGUUCGCAUUACCCUGCGUGGGUGGCAGAAAUAGGAGCGACAGAAGAGAAAGAUUGGCCACAUUGGUGCAUCUUUGUUGCUGUUGUUCUGAUUGGUAUUGCAAUAUUAUGGAUACCUGGUGUAGCGUUGUGUCGUUUAGUCGGAAUAAGAAUUGUCGAAGAUUCCGAUCCAGCCUGGUUUCCUUCUGCUGAACUUCGUGAUGUUAACGGAAUCGUCCCACAUGAACCCACCGAAUUUGAGCAAAUGGUUUUCGGCUUUCGACCUGAUGGAACUGAAGGCUUAUGCUUACCAACGUUCUUGGCAAAUCAAGAAGAAGUUCUUCAAGAAGAUGAGUAA